AUGUGUUUUUGGUUUUUAAUCAAUUUAGGUUGGAACUCUUCAAGUACUUUGGAAAGAUUAAAACUUUCUGUAUUUUUCAUAAGUUAUUUGCAUAACACUUCAAUAAAUCAAUAUGAUGAUGAAGAAACAGAAGAAACAGACAAAACAGAUGAAAAUGAACAAGAAGUUAACAUUAUAGGUUUAUCUAUAUUACAUAGUAUUCCAGGUUUUUAUUUUAAUAAUCAAAAUCUAAAUCAAAAUCAAAAUGAAGGAAAUGAAAAUGAAAAUAAUAAUGAUAAUGAUAUCAAUAAUGAUAAUGAUAAUGAUAAUCAAAUAUUAGAUUUAGAAAGAGAUCAAUUACUAAAUUUUAUUUGA